GUGGACGUGUCCAAGGAUGACGAGAAGGAGUACGAGGACAGCUACUACCCGGACGUGGAGGAGGAAGGCUCGCGCCUGUGCGAGUCGCAUGCACGGCCGGACCUUCAAGAGGGGGUCCGCCGUGACUGUGCUUCAUCCGCAUCCUGGGAUAUGCUAUCGACUCCCUCGGAGUUCGUGGACAUCGGCAACGAGACGAUUCAGAUGAUUGAACAGGCGAAGGCUCGGAUCAUAGAUGACCCGGACACGGAGGCAACUCUUGGAGAACCUCGGUCCAGCGACGAGCAGAUCGACUCAGGAACCAAGCCCGCUGGAUUGAAGUGGUUUGUGGGACCGGUGUUCGAGCGAUACGAUGAGACACGACAGGUAUUUCUAGAGGCGACACGAAUUGAUGGUAAGGAGUGCCUACUGAUAGAUCCAGGUGCGUAUGACAAUUUGGUGGGUGACAGAUGGGUUAUGCGAAUGGCAGCUCUGGCGAAACGGGCAUGUCUGGAACCGACGCAACGUCGGAUGGAUCAAUCGAUCGGGGUUGAAGGAGUCGGUACCAAUGCUCAGAUCGCCAAGGAGGAGGUGACGAUGCCAGGCGCAGCCAAGGACGAACGAGGCAAGGUGCAUCAGAUAAGCUACAAGGCCCCAGUGGUUCCCGAUUCCGAUAUUCCCGCUCUCUGGGGAAAGCGUAGUCUGAAGCACAACAGGGCGGUGGUCGACAUGAUCAACAACAAAUUGUACCUGUGUGGCCCUGGAAGAGUACAGUUCACACCACCGCCGGGGGCGCUCACCUUCAAUCUAGAGGACUCGCGAUCAGGACAUCUGCUGUUGCCUAUCUCGCAUUUCUUCGGCAACGGUAAGGACAAGAAGGUGCGCGCGAAGCAGGAGCCGGCCACCUGGCAUGCGAGUGCGCCGGCGAUCGUCAAGCCCACGAUCAAGGAUAAGGCGAAGGAGGACGAGGCAGACACGCCGACGCAUGACCCUGAGAUCAUAGUGAUAGACGAGGGCAAUGGCCAUCCGAUCCGCACGAAGCUGCUGAGUCAGGCCAACAUCACCUACACCCGCCUAA